AUGGCCAGCUGGACCCACCUGAUCCGGUUUAUUGCAGUCGAGGAUAGUGAGAUUUACUUGGGACAGCUCGUGGAUAGCUCCCAAGAUAUUGGCUUGGACUCAUUGAACGGCAAAGAAAUAUCUGCUCAUCUGAUUGAGGGCAAUAUAUUCGACGGAACGGUUACGGACCAAGUCUUUCAUGUGAAACGAGUGAGCUUAGCAAAGCCCGAAUCAUCUGAGACCCAUAUCAAAUCUCCUUGUCGAAUUAAAUAUUUCUUAAAUCAAAAGAAGGCGCAUACUGACAGGGAAUUUGAAUACUUGAAGCUUCUUUCUCAUGUAUCCCGUGAACAAUGUGACUAUAUCCGCUGUCUGGGCCUGAACUACGCCGAUCAUGCAAGGGAGUGCAACCUUGAGCUACCAAACACUCCUAUUGUAUUCACGAAACCUCGAUCCGCACUAUCUGGGCCAUACCCCGCAGUAAUCAACGUGCCAAAGUGUGCUCAGGAUGGCACGAGCGACUAUGAAGCUGAACUUUGUCUUGUGAUUGGUAAGACAGGAAGAGACAUACCGGAAGAGAAAGCCCUGGAACACGUUCUCGGGUAUACUGCAUCAAACGAUGUGUCGGCACGCGGGUUACAAAGAGCUAAUGCUCAAUGGUCUUUUUCCAAAGGACUUGAUGGAAGCUGCCCAAUCGUCCUUGUCGCUUUAUCAAUCAUCACGGAUCCGCAGGCUUUGACGAUAAAGGCCAUCUAUAACGGUGCAACUGUGCAAGAUGGACAUACAAGAGAUAUGAUAUUUGACGUGAAGAAGCAAAUCUCGUACUUAUCUCAAGGUACUACUCUAGAAGCCGGUACUAUCAUACUGACAGGAACGCCCGCUGGCAUUGGCUGUUUGUAA